GUUUCAUUUACGCUGUUUCACUUUCACAUUCCAUCAGCAUCAAACCCACCCAAAAAAAUAAACUCUUUUUCUCACCAAAAAGUUUCCUCAAAAUCUCUCUUUUUUCUUUUUCUUUUUCUUUUUUCUUUUUUGUUAAAUUCUUUUAAUCAUUCAUCUGAUUAGCAAAGAGUGGUGCCUUGUCGUGUUUGAUUAUAAUGAUGUUGGAGAAGUGUAAGAGACCAUUAGAGAGGUGUUUCGGAGUAGGAAAAGGUGGUGUUGACGGGCUGUUGUGGCAUAUGGACUUGAGGCCACAUGCUUCUGGAGACUAUUCAAUUGCAAUGGUGCAAGCUAAUUCUUUGUUGGAGGAUCAGGGACAGGUGUUCACUUCUCCUUCAGCCACAUAUGUUGGUAUCUAUGACGGCCAUGGUGGUCCUGAGGCGUCCCGCUUCAUUACUCAUCACCUCUUUCCUUUUCUCCACAAGUUUUCAACAGAGGAAGGUGGAUUAUCAGAAGAAGUGAUAAAAAAGGCAUUUGAUGCAACAGAAGAGGAAUUUUUACAUUUAGUAAAGAGAUCAUGGCCUUCUCGGCCACAGAUUGCUUCAGUGGGUUCAUGUUGCCUUGUUGGUGUGAUUGCUAAUGAUGUGUUAUAUCUGGCAAAUCUUGGUGAUUCCAGGGCUGUGUUAGGGAGGAGAGUGUCAGACCAUCGAAAAAAUACACGGGUAUUGGCAGAAAGGUUGUCUAUUGAUCAUAAUGUUGGUGUCGAGGAGGUGAGGAAGGAGGUAGAGGCCCUUCAUCCUGAUGAUUCUCACAUUGUAGUUUUUACCCGCGGGGUUUGGCGCAUAAAGGGAAUAAUUCAGGUUUCUAGAUCAAUUGGAGAUGUUUAUUUGAAGAAACCUGAGUUUAGCAGUGAUACUCUUUUUCAACAAUUUGGAUCAGCUGUCCCUCUGAAAAGGCCUGUGAUGACGGCAGAACCCUCCAUAUUAAUUCGAAAGUUGAAGCCAGAGGACUUGUUCUUGAUCUUUGCAUCUGAUGGUCUUUGGGAGCAAUUAAGUGAUGAAGCAGCUGUUGAAAUUGUUCUAAAGAGCCCAAGAGCUGGAAUAGCAAAACGAUUGGUAAAAGCUGCACAGCAGGUGGUCGCAAGGAAAAGAGAAAUGAGAUAUGAGGACUUAAAAAGAAUUGAAAGAGGCACAAGGCGACAUUUUCAUGAUGAUAUCACUGUUGUUGUGAUAUAUCUAGAUCAUCCACUGGGUUCUUCGAAAGGUGGAUUUAAAGAUUAUUGCCUUGUUGGGUUCACUAGCGCUCCAGUUGAUAUUUUCUCUCUUAAAGCAGGUGAAGCAGAGGAUGUUCUUCGUGCUGUUAAACGAAGUAGCAGCCACGACUAGUAAGUAAUGAGUUAUCUUUUGUAUAGAAAUAAUAAUUAACACAUAAAUAGAUGUGUCCAUCCAGAUGAUAAGAUUAAGGUUUUGGAAUAAUGAUCUCCCUGGAGAGGAUGUUGUGUAAAUGUAUCUUGCUAGUGAGGAAGCUGCUGCCGCUGCUGCUGCCGCCUUACCUCGCAUUUUGAUUAUGUUUAU